UUAUUCACUGUACUCAUUUCUCUGUAUAGAUAUUCUCUCCGAAACCCUAGAAGUUUCAGUGCUAAGGGUUUUUAGUAUUUGGCGUUGCUUUUCCUUGAUUUAGAAUUCAGUUUCUUUGUUAGGGUUGUUCUUUUUCUUCUUCUUCUUCUUAUUUUAAAUCUUUUGCUGCUUUUAGAUUUUAGUGAUAAGAAAAACAAGUGUAGACAUGGAAGGAAUUGAAAGUGGGGGUGUUGCUCAAGAGGCUCCCAAAGCUGGCGAUCCUAAUCUAUUCGGAGACAACUCCACAGAAGAUGCCGUGUUUGAUGCAUCUCAAUAUGCAUUCUUUGGUAAAGAUCUUGUCGAAGGAAUUGAGUUAGGGGGAUUGGAGGAUGAACAAGAGGACUUGCCUUUAGUUGAGUUUGAUGAGGAGGAAUUUCUCUUUGGUAGACAAGAGGGUGAGGUUACAAGCUCUCUUUCCGAAAUUGAUGAUCUUACUAGUACAUUUUCAAAGUUGAACAAGGUUAUCAAUGGACCAAGAAGUGCAGGAGUAAUUGGUGAUAGGGGAUCCAGAGAAAGUUCGUCUGCUGCUGAAUGGGCACAGGGGAAGGAUUUUUCCAACUGGCUGGAUCAGCAGCAGCUACUUGACCCUGAAGGCUUUCAGGAGGGUAAAAGAUGGUCUUCACAGCCAUAUGCUUCUGCUCGCGUUUUGGAAUUAAAGCCUUUGUACCGAACAUCUUCAUACCCUGAGCAGCAACAACACCAUCAACACUUCUCUAGUGAACCAAUUCUUGUGCCCAAGUCUUCUUACACUUCGUAUCCUCUCCCUGGUGGACAAUCUCCUCAUGCUUCACCAAAUCAUAGUCAACUAAAUAUUCCACAUCUUGGUGGCAGUCCCCAAAUGGCAAUUUCUUUACCAAACCUCUCUCCUUUUUCUAGUCCGCUACAGUUGACAGGCUUACAUCAUGGGUCACUGCAUUUGUGUGGAAAUAUGUCACAAUUUCCUUCCAGUCCAUCUGCAAAUAGCCGGCUACCUAACCAGUGGGUUAACCAUACGGAUCUAUAUCCUGGAGAUCAUCCCAACCCUUCAAACAAUUUGCAGCAACAACUAUCUCAUCAAAAUGGUUUAAUACCUCCACAGAUGAUGCCACAACUGCAGCCGCAGCAGCAUAGACUGCACCAUCCAAUUCAGCCAUCAUUAAGCCAUUUAUCAGGCAUGCAGUCUCAACUAUUUAGUCCUCAUCUUUCUUCACCGCCACCCAUGAUGAGCAAGUUUGAAGUGCUUGGUCUGGGUGAUAUUAGAGAUCAAAGACCAAAUCAAAAUCUGCGUUAUUCUCAACAGGGAUUUGAUACCAAUGGCCGGAAGUUUGACAGUGUUUGGUCUCAGUUCAGAUCCAAGUACAUGACCUCUGAUGAAAUUGAGAGCAUUCUCAGAAUGCAGCUUGCUGCAACGCACAGUAAUGACCCAUAUGUGGAUGAUUAUUAUCACCAGGCUUGUCUUGCAAAAAAGUCAGCUGGGGCAAAACUCAAGCAUCAUUUCUGCCCAACUCUCUUGAGGGAUCUUCCACCUCGAGCACGCCCUAACUCAGAGCCUCAUGCUUUUCUCCAAGUUGAUGCACUUGGGAGGACGUCCUUUUCUUCAAUUCGCAGGCCUCGUCCACUUCUUGAGGUUGACCCUCCUAACUCAUCUAUUAGUGGUGGGACUGAUCAGAAAGUUUCUGAGAAACCCCUAGAACAGGAGCCAAUGCUUGCAGCUAGAGUGACUGUCGAAGAUGGUCUUUGCCUUCUUCUUGAUGUAGAUGAUAUUGACCGUUUUCUAGAUUUCAAUCAGCUUCAAGAUGGUGGAGCCCAAUUAAAACAUAGGAGGCAGAUAUUGCUGGAAGGGCUUGCAGCAUCACUGCAAUUGGUUGACCCACUUGGAAAGAAUGGACAUACAGUGGAACUUGCUCCAAAGGAUGAUCUUGUGUUCAUGCGAUUAGUAUCUCUUCCCAAGGGCCGUAAACUUGUUGCCAGGUACCUUCAAUUUCUUUCUCCAGGUGGUGACCUCAUGCGAAUUGUCUGCAUGGCUAUUUUUCGUCAUCUUAGGUUUCUGUUUGGAGGUCCCCCCUCUGAUCUUGGAGCAGCAGACACUGCAAAUAACCUUGCAAGAGUUGUAUCAUUAUGUGCCUGCCGCAUGGAUAUUGGUUCCCUUAGUGCUUGUCUUGCAGCUGUUGUUUGUUCCUCAGAGCAGCCCCCACUUCGCCCUCUUGGAAGCUCUGGUGGAAAUGGGGCUUCUCUCAUUCUAAUGUCUGUUCUUGAGACCGCAACAGAGCUAUUGAAUGAGCUUCAAGAUGCUAGCAGCUAUAAUAUGACAAAUCGAGCACUUUGGAAGGCCUCAUUUGAUGAGUUUUUUGGACUUCUUAUAAAGUAUUGUGUAAAUAAAUAUGAUAGUAUUAUGCAUUCUUCUCUACAAGAUCCAGCUGAAGCUAUUAAGAGAGAACUACCUAUGGAGCUCCUUCGUGUCAGUGUUCCCCACACAAACGACUACCAGAAAAAGAUGUUAUAUGAUCUUUCCCAGCGUUCCCUAGUUGGUCAAGAUGGUGGCAAUGGUGGACACAUGAAUUCUUAAUUAGUGUUGAGUUGGUACAAGGCUACAAGAAAAUAUGAUGGAAUUUAAAAACCAUUAGUCCUGAGAUGGUGCUGAGUUCUGAAAGAGUGAAUAUAAAAGAGACUAUUGGACCAGCAAUGUUCUUGGGUAUUUGUUUUUAAUUUGUGUCUGCACACCAUGUGUAAUUAGGAUUACAUGGUGUGAAUGAUGCAGAAGCUUUGGAACAACCUAUUGCAAAUUCUGUUUAGUUCUUUCAGAUUUUAGCAUAUUUUAGUCAUUUUCACUCAAUUUCCUUGGCUAAACCUGUAACCGGGCUGUGUUGUAUUGCGGUAGAAAUCUGUUGGGUUUUUCCAUUCCUUUGAGAAUUUUCUUGUCUUAUUUUAGGGAUCUAUUUGAUGCUCUGUUGUGGAAUUCUCAAUAUGGAGGCGUUGGGUGUACAGGGUAGAUUCCCCACUUCUCUAAAAUUUGUUAUCCAGGAGGUGGGGCGAUGCCAAAUUCAUGUUUUUCUGUUAUGAGGCCUGUAUGCUGUGUCAUAGUUCCUUAGUAAAUGGGAAUAAAGCCUGCAAAUGCUGGUUGUUUGUUUUUCCGAUAUGGAAUACUGUUGUGUUUGAAUUCUCAUGUAAUUAGCAAGUUUAACCUGCUUGAGGGGAUGCCUAGUGAAUUUUCCAUUAGCAUA